AUGGCGAUGGCAAUGAACCCCAUUCAAGUCCUUCAAAACGGCGCUGAAGAAGAAAAGGCCGAAACCGCCCGAUUGAGCUCCUUCGUCGGUGCCAUCGCUAUCGGCGACUUGGUCAAGUCUACUCUCGGCCCCCGGGGAAUGGAUAAGAUCCUCUAUUCUCCAACCGGCCAGUACGGAAAUGGCGAGCCAAGUGUCCAGGUUACCAAUGACGGUGCCACCAUUCUCCGAUCAUGCGGAGUCGACAACCCCGCCGCCAAGAUUCUUUGCGAGCUGUCCAAGGUCCAGGACGAUGAAGUCGGCGAUGGAACCACUUCUGUCACUGUGUUCGCUUCCGAGCUCCUCCGAGAAGCUGAAAGACUCGUCGAACUCAAGAUCCACCCUCACACAAUCAUCCGAGGCUGGAAAAAGGCCGUAGCUGUUGCCCGUGAAGCUCUGAAUGAAUCCGCUGUUGACAAUCAAGCCGAUCCCGAACAGUUCAAGGAAGAUCUCUUUAACAUCGCCCGAACUACGCUGAGCUCUAAGUUGCUCACUCAACACAAGGACUUCUUCGCAAAAAUUUGCGUCGAUGCCAUUCUCAAGAUUAGAGACGAUCCCAAGUCUACUCUUGAGUCCAUCCAAAUCAUCAAGAAGCUCGGUGCUUCGCUCGAGUCAUCCUUCCUCGACGAAGGUUUCCUUUUGGACAAGACCCCUGGACAGAAUCAGCCCCGACGGGUUGAAAACGCACGAGUCCUCCUCGCCAACACUGCUAUGGACACUGACAAGAUCAAGGUCUUUGGCUCCCGUGUUCGAACUAAUGAUAUCAAGUCACUUGCUGAGAUCGAAGCUGCUGAAAAAGAAAAGAUGAAAGAGAAGGUCGAGAAAAUCUGUAAAUACGACAUGAAUGUUUUCAUCAACAGACAGCUUAUCUACAACUACCCCGAGCAGCUCUUUGCGGACAACAAAGUCAUGGCGAUUGAACACGCCGACUUUGAAGGCAUUGAACGACUCGCUCUCGUCCUUGGCGGUGAAAUUGUCUCCACCUUUGAUAAUGCUGAAAACGUCAAAAUCGGAAAGUGUGACCUUAUUGAAGAAGUCAUGAUCGGCGAGGACAAGCUUCUUAGAUUCUCCGGUGUCAGCCAGGGACAGGCUUGCUCACUUGUUCUCCGUGGAGCUACUGAACAGAUUCUUGACGAAGCCGAGCGAGCUAUCCAUGACGUACUCUGCGUUUUGUAUUCAACUAUAAAGGAGACUAGAACCGUUUAUGGCGGCGGAUGCUCCGAGGCCUUGAUGGCCCAGGCCGUCCAGGUCCUAGUCGAGGAGUCCGAAGGCAAAGAGCAGCACGCUAUUCAGAGCUUUGCUAAUGCUCUCAGACAACUUCCUACUAUUAUGGCUGACAACGCUGGUUUAGACUCCGCGGAUUUGAUCGCCAAACUUCGAGCAGAGCACGCCAAGGGCAACAAACAUGCUGGAUUGGAUCUUUACAACGGCUGUGUUGCGUCAAUGGACGAUCUUAAAGUGACAGAGAGCUUCAAAGUGAAGCGACAAGUGCUCCUUUCUGGCCACGAAGGCGCUGAAAUGAUCAUGCGAGUUGACGACAUCUUAAAGUCGGCGCCGCGUCAACGAGCUCCCGACCGAUGCAUGUAG